GUCAGUCUCAGCAAGUUCAGUUCGCAGUAGCUUUCUGAAACGUUGGCACACAGUCGGGAUUGCAUUAGUGGCAGUGCAGCUUGUGUAGCUGUUUUGAAUGACCUCUGACCUAGUCCAUAGUCGACAUUGCGGACAUUUUCUCUGAUACAUUUAGAUGUGUGUGUUUCAAUGCAAGUUUUUUCCCUUGGAUUACAUAACUGAGUAAUGUCACUUAGUUGUAACAAGAGUUCAAUCCCUUGAUUGGCAUGUUUUGUUUGGACUGUUACUGAAGAGUUCUUAUUGAUCCCAAGCCAAUUAUUCUUAUGAAAGCCGCGGAGUACUACGUCUAGCUGACGGUGCAGUGUGUUCGUGGUGAAUCUAGCCGCGUGUUUACCUGAUCCAAAUAGUCAAGCAUCGACUGGGCCUGGUCCAAGUACAACACACACAGAAGGAGAGGGAAAAACUGGCAGAACUCAACAUAGUGUCGUCGAAGAGUUGACUUUCAUCUGCUACCAUUUUGUGACACACAUAGUCAAACGACACGGACUACAUUCUAAGAGUGCUCUGUUCAUUUUGUUUCAUUCACAGUUGUGAUCAGAUCGGACCUUUCCGAUUACUUAGUGACAGUGUUACUUCGAGCCUCAAGUCCUGUCUAAUUCAUUUCUUUCAUUGGAUACUUAAUUAGAUUGUAGAAUCGUGUUUCAUCUGGAUAUUUUGUGGAUUAAUAUAUAUUUCGACCUUGGAUACCUGUGUGGAUAUUUUACACUUGGAUAAAUGUCAACGCGGUUUGGAUUAAACGUGUGCUAAUAUAUUUCUGUGGACUAUUGUCUAGCUGUGGCUACCAUUCAUCUCUCUGAACAAAUAUGAAUCUUCUAUACACGGGGCUCGUUGUGUUCUUGGUGGCGCCUUUGUGUCACCAAGCUGGUGGACAGGCACAGGGCGAAGACGUAGCUGUCAAAUGGGGCGUCGCAGACGGCACGGCCACCGUGGGGCGCCUCUUUCGUAUGCACAUUCCAAGCGAUGCCUUCAGCGGGGAUGUCGUGUCACUUAGUAUCCAAACAUUAGAUGGCAGUAGUCUACCAAGCUGGCUACAAUUUGAUGAUGUCAACAAUGUCUUGCAAGGAAUAGCAACACCCAAAGAUGCUGGACAGCUGUUUUUGGUGAUAACAGCAAAAGGCAAGAGCAGCCAGGCAUCAGUGACCUUUACCUUGAUUGUUAGAGAUGUGACGUCACAUACCUUGGGCGCUCCUCUUAGGUUCAAAUCUUCAGGGGCUGAGUUUGUGCACUGCAAGGCCACUGAGCCAGAGACAGUGGCCACUCUAGUGGUUGAUGUGGACAUGGAAUCUUUGAGUGUACUUCAGAGGAUUAUGCUGAUGAAGAGUUUCACAUCACAUAUGCAGCUUCAUGAGGACAUGGUCAAGCUGACACCAGUAGGGUCUUCUCCCUUGCAUGACAACUCUGCUCUAGUCUCAGGAACUGGAGAUGCAGUCUCUCCAAAAACACCAGGUAUGUUCAUCUCCUGGCCAGUUGGUUGUGGUCAAGUGAAAGAUGGUCACUUCCCAGUUCUUCAGAGGCUUGACACUGAUUCAGGCUCUGGGGUUAUGUCAGGUGUUCUUGGCCACCCAGUAAUUGGCUGGUAUGUGACUAACAGUCAUCUCUUGGCACCAACCAGAAAAAGACGCCAGGUUCAGGCUACCCCUACACCAGUGGUAACACCAGUCAUUCCAACCAAAACUGAUAAAACUGGGGACAAAACAGAUGACCCAACAGACAUGUUGACCCAUGCCAUCAUAGAUAAAGAAACUCCAAGUAUGAUUCAACCCACAGCAACUCAACCUGAAAUGCCUAAAACGGCAUUGCCCACACCAGUGGACACAAAGCCACCUGUAAAGCCACCCAAAGUGAUGCCAACAGAGACAACUAUUAAGAUGCAACCCAUGGAGAAGACAGCAGAGAUCAAGCCUACUAAGACUAUAAAAGAUGGAGAGCCAACCAUACCACCCGUAGAAGCAGAGCCAACAAAACCUUCUAAACCUAUUGGCUGUUUACCUGGCAAGAAACUGACUCCUGUGAAAGAACAGGAAGUCAUCUCUAUGCUAGAUGGAAAUGUUUAUAUCCAUUCUCUUAGGGAUGUUGCCUUCAAAGACUGUGACACUGAAGUCAACGGAUUGGAAUAUACUCUAAAGAAAUCAGAUGGUUCAAAUCUUGGACCUGAAGACUUAAUUCAAUUCAAUGCUAAAACUCAAACAAUUCAUGCAUUCCCUAUUAACCAGCCUGGAAAGGUCAAGUAUACACUCACUGCUAGUAAAAAUGGAGUUUUUGGCUUUAAGACAAUUAACAUUGAAGUCAAGCAACAUAAAAGAGGUGCGAAUUCUCAAAACUUUAAAGCUGUCAUUGAUCAUGAUUUUGAUAAGUUGUCAAAAAAUACUACAGAAAAGAUUGACAUUGCUCAUCGACUAACCAGUGUCUUUAACAAGGGAAUAAAAGAUUUUCAGUUCCAUGAAAUCUUAGCGGGCUCUGUAAUUUACAGCUGGUCAUUUCAGCUUCCUCGUAAGUGUGGUCCAAAAGACUUAAAGGAGAUUGGUGAGCUAGUUGAUAAGCUUAUAAAUGAAGAUAGUACUUUGAAUAGUGUGGCUGUAGACAUGAUGAAACCUUACAAGCUUACUGGUGCAGAAACAGCACCCUUAGGGCCAUGUCUUAAUAAUCCUAAUUUCCCAACCCGAUCAGUUAAGGAUAAACAAAUGCCAGAUUUAGAUAGAGAUGAUGAGAAAACUGCAGUCACCCCUAAACAAGAAAGUGAAGAGGAUGGUGGUGAUGUUGAUGGUGGUGAUGAUGAUGGUGGAGACAAACAAGAACCUCCUUUUGAAAUAACUACAUCUUCUGAUGUGACCAAAACAGAUGUAGCAAAGGGCUCUAAAGGAGGGGAUGAUGAUGAUGUGUGGAUAACAACUGUAGUCCCAGCUGUAGUUAUCAUUGUCAUCUUAUUAAUUGCUUUACUUGUGGCCUGCUGUCUUUACCGUAAGAAGAGAAAGGGAAAGAUGAAUGUUGAGGAGCAGAAUACAUUUAUCAACAAGGGUGCACCAGUUAUAUUCCCUGAUGAACUUGAAGACAAGCCAAGCGAUGUCAACAAGCCUUUAUUAGUAGAAGGAAGCCCAGCUCCCCCACCUGAAUAUCACAGAGGCCCUAGUGAGAGCCCAGAGCGAAAUCUGGGUGGGAACUUCAGAAACAAUGGAAACACUAAACCAAUGACUCAGAAUGACGAAGGCAUCAUUGAAAUGCCAGAAAGACCAUACAAUCCACCAGCUCCCCCUGUUGGUGGCUCAGUCAACAACAAACAACCUCGACCAACACAACAACCUUUUUCACAGCCACCACAAAUUUUACCUUAGAUACAGAGGACAACUAGAAUAAAGCUUUAGCAGUUUGGAUGUGAUUGAUUGGAUUUGAUGGAAUCACUUUGUAGGUUAUGGUGUGUGAGCAUUCAAUUGAUUCUCCCGUUACAUUCUGUGUUCAAGGAUCACAAAGAAUGAUUUAAGGCAUUAGUGUCUUUAUGAAGUCCAUUAUCUUUUUCAAUGUAACCAAUUCAAUUUAAAUUGUGCAGAUCAAGGAAUGGAAUUUUUCUUUUUCAAGGACAAACACACAAAUUGUAUAGAAUGAAUUUAUCUUCAGCAAUCUUAAAAUCAACAGAAUAACAACUUUUUUUUCUAACUUUCAUACCAAUAUACUUUUAAGACUUUUAAGAUACCAACAUUUCUUAGAAACAACAACAGUACAGUUGAUAAUUAAUUAGUUAAUAUAAAAUUAUAAGUUGUUUUUUUUUUGUUUUUUUUUUUUGAUGGUUGGUGUGAAGGGAAGGACACAUGUAACUAACGCAUACACUGUAAUACUGUAGCUCUCGAUGGUACAAGACAUAUUGAGGUUUGAAAUUUACUUUGUAAUCUUCUAAGACUUCCUAGUUUUAUGAUCUGUAGAAUAUCUGUGCUAUUGUGUUGAUUUCAAUAAUUUGCUGUUUAUCUAAUCUUAUUGAAAUACAUUGUGUGUGUGUGUGUGUAGGGCAGUUUAGGUCUCUGUUGUACACUUUCACAUUUUAGAAUCUUUCAAGUUACUGACUGAUGACUUUCAGAACUUCUAAGCCUAACUUUCUUGAUUGAUCGGUUUGUCGCAUGGUCUUGUCAUUGUGAUAUGACGUUAUCUAACCUUUGAACUAUUUGAUCUAACUUAAGUUUAAAUGCUGUAUUUAGAGUGAGGUUUAGGCUUGUCAGAUUAGAAACUUGAAUGGAAAAGUGCCAUCAGUAACUAGACGUAGACCUAAUGUAUUUCAAUGUAUUUAUACUUAAUGCUACUCUCUGGACAUAUCAUGUGCCUGUAGAUCAGUGUUUGUUGUUCAUUGCUCUUAGCCAGUAUCUAACCUUCACAUCUGCUACCAACUUUUGCCUCUGUGGCUUUAUGGACAUUCGCCUUUUUAAAAUACUUUUCUUUUUCAUUUUGUUUAUUAACAUUAAAGAAAUAUUGAUUCCAGAAUGUUUGCUUUUAUGUGCACACCCAAGGAGUUUAUCUGCUGUCCCUGGGUUAUAAAACAUCCGUUUCUACUUGGGUUUCUAUGUUAUGGAAGCUUGAUAGAAAUAUACCGUCUGGAUGCCUACUUCAUUUUCUAGUUUCAGAAUGAAUAAAAUAGAGUAAUCAGCAAAAUGACAAUUAUGACACACACAAAAAUUUUUUUAUUUUGCUCAAGAAUUCAACUGCGCUGGCUAAGAAUUCAGCUGCGUUGGCUAAGAAUUCAGCUGCGCUGGCUAAGAAUUCAGUUGUGUUAGCUAAGAAUUCAGCUGCGUUGGCUAAGAAUUCAGCUGUGCUGGCUAAGAAUUCAGCUGUGUUGGCUAAGAAUUCAGUUGUGCUGGCUAAGAAUUCAUCUGAAAAGUUAAUACCGGUAUUGUUGAUUACAGUGCUGUUUCAAGUAGGAAUGGAUUUUAUUGUUUGUUUUAUUGACCACAGCUCAUUUAUUAAUUGCACAAUGUUUUAGAAGUAUGUGAAGUGUGAUGAUUUGUUAGUUUGUUAGUCAGUCAUGUUGACUAAAUGUGAAAAGCUCAAAGAUUGAAGUUCAAAAAAAGAAACAAAAACUGAGCCAGCAGACUUGUCAGAUAUUUGAACAUCCUUGAAGAGAAACACAUUUUUGCAUUUUUCAUUGGUUAUAUUAAGGUAACCUAAAUAAAUUUGAGCUUUUAUAACAAAAGAUAGCUUUGACUCUUAUUGGAAGUUUACAGAAUGUUCCUCUACAAAUGAGAAUUAUUUUAGUUACUAUAGAGAUAAGCGGCUCAAGAGUUUGAUUUGAUUUUGUCAUAUUUUUUAAGUUGGAUGUACUUUUCAUUUACCAAUACAUUGAAAUACACAGACUAAUCAUUUAUGAUUUUGAACAUUGACAUUUGUGACCCACUAGAGCUGUAUUGUACACAUGUUCAAUGAAUAGAAGUACCUGUAUUGUACACAUGUCCAAUGAAUAGAAGUACCUGUAUUGUACACAUGUUCAAUGAAUAGAAGUACCUGUAUUGUACACAUGUCCAAUGAAUAGAAGUACCUGUAUUGUACACAUGUUCAAUGAAUAGAAGUACCUGUAUUGUACACAUGUCCAAUGAAUAGAAGUACCUGUAUUGUACACAUGUCCAAUGAAUAGAAGUACCUGUAUUGUACACAUGUUCAAUGAAUAGAAGUACCUGUAUUGUACACAUGUUCAAUGAAUAGAAGUACCUGUAUUGUACACAUGUUCAAUGAAUAGAAGUACCUGUAUUGUACACAUGUCCAAUGAAUAGAAGUGCUCCUUCAGCAUUGGGUAGAAGUUGAUGAAAUUGAAAGGUUUUCUAUUUUGUCAACAUCUGAGUUUUUUUUUUCUUUUUCUACUUCAUCAAUUCCAUCCAACAGUGCAAUAGAGUCACAUGAGAUUGAGGUGAUUGUACCCAAUGAAAUGGAGUUUGGUUUUCUCCUGUCCAAUGAAAUGGAGUUUAACAUGUGUUUGGUUUUCUCCUGUCCAAUGAAAUGGAGUUUAACAUGUGUUUGGUUUUCUCCUGUCCAAUGAAAUGGAGUCCCAAUCUUUUUUUUUUUUCACAACAAAAAAUACUGAAAGUUCUUUGCUGUAUUAGACUUUGUUCUACAUUGAAAUGCUGCUUGUGUUUGCUUCAAAGAGAGAUUUGUUUUUCAAGAAAAAAAAACUGAGAAUUGUAUAUCCUAUUUUAUAAAUUGCUUACAUUUUUAAAAAAAAAAUUUCAUAAUGGAUUGUUUUUUUUUAUCUUAUACAUUAUUUUGUUAAUGUAGGUUGAUGAUGCUUCAUGUAUAAGGUAGAUACAAAAUUAAAAACAAAACAACAAAAAAAAAUAUUCCAAAGGAAAAGAGUUAGUGUGUGUUUUUGUCUUUUCUUUCAUGCUUUUAGCAUGUUUAGUGAUCUUGUGUCUGGACAUAGGAAGUGACGUGGGAAGGUUUUUAUGCUGCCUUUGGGAGCUUGAUAGGUAGCUCAAUGGUCUGCUAAUGUGUCUGUUUAUUUUAGGCUCUGAAUAAGUUCCCAUUUAUAAAUGUCUUUAUCAUACUUAUAUACAUAAAUGUCUUGACCAUAUUUAUCUAUACUUCUAAAAAAAAAGAUCAUAUUGAAGUCUUAUGUUACUUGUGUAGAACCAUGCACAGUUUUUUUUUUUUUUUUGAUUUUCUAUAUCAACUGGCUGAAUCAUUUAUAUAUAUAGUGUAAAAUAAAAUACUGCAAUGUAGGUAACAUUUUGGUUUGUUGUAUUAGUUUUUUAAGGCUCCACUACAAAAAAUGACUAAUUUUUUUUUUUAUUUGUAUACCUAGGGGAGAUAAACUAAAUUAUUAUGUAGAUUUGGAACUACUGUCCCUUAUUAUAUGUUAAUGUAUAUAUAUAUUUUUUUUGUAUUUGUUCUUUGGUUCUAUUUUUGUAUUUCUACAGAUUUAUAUUCAGGUCUGUUUAUAAAAGGAUUUUAUCACUAUAAACACAUGAAUACAAAGUUGACAUCAGUCAAUAGUCAUUUACUUUGUUUCAUCAUUUGUACUUUCAUGUUCUAUUUGUGAUGCAUAAUGAAGAGAAAGAGACAUAAUGUUUGACUUAAGUCAGUAGAGAUCUUUAGAGUCUUAUCUGGAGCUUUUUACAUUUGCAAAAUAACAAAAUGAAAUUCACAGAAAGGCUUUGGGUUUGAUUCUACAACAAAAACAGUGUUCAAGUAUUUCUAUUGUAAUUCUUGUAGUGGAUUUAUUGGUACAUACAUAUAUUAAACAUAAAUGAAUAACAGCUGUUAUUCAUUUAUGUUUAAUAUAUGUAUGUAUCAUUUGUUUCAGCACCUAGCUUCAACUCUAUGUUUGGAUUUAUUGGUGUACUGAAAAAUUCUUGAAUUUAACAACCAUGAAAACAAGGUUGAUAAUAUUACAAAAUGUCUUCCUUUAAAUGCCAAAAAAAAAGGGAAAAAGUAAAGUAUUGGGGCAUUUUUAUUUGAACCCUCAAGUGCAUGGCAGAAUGGUAGAGCCCUUGGCUUCUGAGCUCAGGGGUCUUGUGGUUGAAUCCCAGUGGUGUCUGGAAUUUUGAGUCCGUAUUUUUAGAACAGCCCUGAACCCACUCAACUUGAAUGGGUGUGUCAUAUGUUGGGGAAGUAAAAGCAGCUGGUCAUUGUGCAGGUCACAUGACACCCUCACUAUCUGUUAGCCAUAGAAACAGAUGAGAUUUACAUCAUGUGCCCCUAUGGAUCACAAAAUCUCAAAGAGGUACUUUAUUUAAACCCUAAGCUGAUAGCUGACCAAUGACCAUUUCAAGAUUGAAGAUAAAGCCAGCCCUUUUAAAAGCUCCUCUAGACUCUGUGGUCUAAAAGUCGAUUUGUUUUAUGCUAAACCAAACAGUGUUGUAUGAUUGAAGAGACUAGACCAUUGUUGCUACAACUUAUAGUCCUUUGUAGUAGAAUUGGUCAGACUCUUUGACAUUAGUGACCCAUUAAUUUUGUUUCUGCCUUGUAAUGGUUUCAUUGUUUCCAUGUAGACUGCCAUGUUGAUUGUUUAGUUCUAAAAGAGUGACUCAUUAUGUAUCAUUGAAUAACAAAAAGCCAAUCAGAUGAUGAAUGAAGCCAAAUGUUUGAGAGAAUAAGUUGCCUAAGAAACAUAUGUUUAUCUUAGAAUAUUCAAUUGUUUCAUUUUAUUUUCAUUUAGCACUUGCUAUUCUAAUUAUACAUUAAGAAAUGUCUUUAUCGACCUAACCAUUCUAAAUAUGUAUACAAUAUACACACCUAUAGACUGUAUACGUGAAUAUAUUGACAAAUAUUCAUUGGCUUAUUAAAAAAUAUGUUAUGAUUGUCUUUGUUUGUCCCCUAUUCAAUUUAUUUCUAUUAUUAUUGGGUUCACAUUAUCUCUUGUAUUUUAUGCUGAAUGAUGCUGUGUAUCAAUGAGCACUUUGACAAAAUGAAUAAGUUAAAAGAAAUAAGGUAUUACUUUCAAACUUUCUUCUUCAUCAAGAUAUCUGUCAAUUUAUUAUUCCAUGGCUAGGUUAAAUAUUAAACUCCAUAGCAACUUCAACUAUGGAACAUCAGGACCAAAACUAAUGAUUAUAGACCUGUCUCUUUUCAACCCUGAGGGGAAAAAGUUAAAUUUGAUCUCAUUUUCUUCAAAAGUUAAUGAAAAUGAAGUUAUAGGGCUUAAUGGUAAAAAAAAAAUACUGGGCUAUUAAGAUGUAUGUUCUGGGUUGAGAUCAUGUGCUUUUUUUCUCCACAAUUAAAAUACAGUUUUCUAUUCAUUAGCUUCCAAGUUUCCAAAUGGCUACAUUGGAAUUUCAUACUAGUUAACCACAGUGCUAUCUAUCACAUAGACAGUAGAAUGUCAAACCAGUUAGCCACAGUGCUAUCCAUCACAUAGACAGUAGAAUGUCAAAACAGUUAGUCACAGUGCUACCCAUCACAUAAACAGUAGAAUGUCAAACCAGUUAGUCACAGUGCUACCCAUCACAUAGACAUUUUGCACAGUAAGUCUCAGUAAGGACUGAAAUAUAGAGUGUACUCGAUCUGGUUAAAAUUGUCUAAUGAAUAUAUUGAAAAUGUUUAUUUACACAGCAUUCAAUGUUCACUGCUCUUUGUACAUUGUUUUUUUAUUUGUUUGACCAAGUUGCUUAUGACCUUUCCUUCCCAGCUUGAGGAGCUUAGGUAGCUUGUUGUCAAGACCUAAUCUACACUUCAGUAGGUCUUGACUAUGUUAGAGAGUAGCUUUAGUCCUUGGCCCAGUCAAGAAUAAGGCAUACUACUUUAAGAGGCAAAGGAUGGUUUAGCUUUGUAACCUCAUUUGUUUUCAUCCGAGAAGAGCUUUAUCUGGUUUGUAAUUUUUCAAACUUUCACACUGGAAGAGUUCUUCUGUUGUCUAUACUCUAGCCAGCUUACCCAUUGCCUUAAUUUGGAUGUUUUUAUUGAUUGUUGGUUAUACACAUACUAUUUACUUUGAAAAAGCUACUUUCUUAUUAUUUUGAUUAGUUAAGUUAUGAACUGAAGUUAUGUGUCUAAAUAUCUGGAGUAUGAAUGUCGAGAAUGCUGACAUUUUUGUAAUGGUGAAGUAUUCACUAAGAGUGGGAGUGUGUGAGAACGUGUGGACACCCUUGUGUGAGGAUCUUGUUUAGGGUUGGCUAAAAUACAUUGUUUUCGUUUCUUCCUCAAAAGUGGACUGUGUAUUUAUUAUCAUAACAUUAUUUUAGACAUUCAAUAAAUACUAAAAUGUUUUAAAAAAAA